AUGGGGAUCGAAACACCAGCAUACAUCAUUGGCGCGCUCACAGCUGGCGGAGGCACUUUUGGAUAUGUCAAAACUGGAUCUAUCCCUUCCGUUGCUGCUGGUUUGACUGUUGGUACAUUGUACCUCCUCGGCGGAUAUCGCAUCCAGAAUCGCCAAUCUUAUGGAGUUGAGCUUGCUCUUCUCGCAUCCAUCAUCCUCGCAGGAAGCUCAAUUCCAAGAGCUCUUCGCAGCCAAAAGCCAUUGCCUGCUGGAUUGAGCGCAUUGGCACUCUAUGGUCUGUACACUUUCGGAACUGCUUGGAAUUCGAAGAGGUAUUGA